CCCCCCUCUGCAUGCGGCCGCGGGCGCCGAGGACCUCGGGGACGUCCGGGAGCUGCGUUCCCGCGGGUGAGGCACGGAAAGGGCUGAUGUCUCCGCGACAUGGUUACCCAUUAACCUCCGAACUUUUCUUUUUUUAACCCAAAGAAUAUCGGUGGUUUUUGCCCACUGCUAGCAGAAGACGAGAGAGCCGAGGGCCUCUGAAAUGCAGCAAAGUCCUUAUUUAUAAACAGGCCCGAGGUCGUGAUAUGCAAACCCCCCCCCCCAGUGAGUCUGUCCCUGGACACCCCUCCCGCCGCGAGGCCGAGGCCGUGCUGUCUGCGCUGGGUCCCGCGGCCUCCAUCCUUUCAAUGCCCAGUUUCCUCUGGGACUGCUGGCCUUCCCUGGAGAUCAGGGCGCUCCUCUGUGCCAUGGGCUGCAUCCAGAGCAUCGGGGGCAAAGCCAGAGUCUUCCGGGAAGGCAUCACCGUGGUCGACGUGAAAGCCUCCAUCGACCCCAUCCCCACCAGCAUCGACGAGUCCUCCAGCGUUGUGCUCCGCUACCGGACACCCCACUUCCGUGCCUCGGCCCAGGUGGUCAUGCCGCCCAUCCCCAAGAAGGAGACCUGGAUAGUGGGCUGGAUCCAGGCGUGCAGCCACAUGGAGUUCUACAACCAGUACGGGGAGCAGGGCAUGUCCAGCUGGGAGCUCCCGGACCUCCAGGAGGGCAAGAUCGAGGCCAUCAGCGACUCGGACGGGGUGAACUACCCCUGGUACGGCAACACCACCGAGACGUGCACCAUCGUGGGGCCCACCAGGAGGGACUCCAGGUUCGUCAUCAGCAUGAACGACAACUUCUACCCCAGCGUCACGUGGGCCGUGCCCGUGAGCGAGAGCAACGUGGCCAAGCUGACCAACAUCUACCGGGACCAGAGCUUCACCACGUGGCUGGUGGCCACCAACACCUCGACCAACGACAUGAUCAUCCUGCAGACGCUGCACUGGCGCAUGCAGCUCAGCAUCGAGGUCAACCCCAGCCGGCCCCUGGGCCAGCGCGCCCGGCUGCGGGAGCCCAUCGCCCAGGACCAGCCCAAGAUCCUGAGCAAGAACGAGCCGAUCCCGGCCAGCGCCCUGGUCAAGCCCAACGCCAACGACGCUCAGGUCCUCAUGUGGCGGCCCAAGCACGGGCCGCCGCUGGUGGUGAUCCCGCCCAAGCGCCGGUGACGCGCGGGCACCGUGGGGCGGGCUCCAAUAAUAACGCGCCCCAAGCAACCCGCUCUCGUCAUUC